GGUUUGUCCCUCCCCGCUCUCCGUACAACCCGGAAACUGACAGCGGGGCGGGGCCAGGGAUCCUAGGGAGCACUCGUGGGCUGAAUACGUCAGAGACACCCGGAGAUGAAGCCCAAGAAAAGACCGGGAGAUGUCAGCCAGGCAGAGCUGAUGAUGAUGACCAUCGCCGACGUCAUCAAACAACUGCUGGAGGCGCAUGAGCAAGGAAAGGAUGUGAACCUGAACAAGUUGAAGACCAAAACAUCCGCCAAGUAUGGUCUGUCUGCUCAGCCGCGGCUCGUGGACAUCAUUGCUGCCGUCCCUUCACAGUACCGCAAAGUUCUUGUCCCAAAGUUGAAAGCAAAACCUAUCCGUACUGCCAGCGGGAUUGCGGUGGUCGCGGUCAUGUGUAAACCUCACAGAUGUCCUCACAUUAACUUUACAGGAAACAUUUGUGUUUAUUGUCCUGGAGGUCCAGAUUCAGAUUUUGAGUACUCGACCCAAUCCUAUACGGGCUAUGAGCCAACAUCCAUGCGAGCCAUCCGGGCCCGGUACGACCCUUUCCUGCAGACAAGACAUAGAGUCGAACAGCUCAAGCAGCUCGGACACAGCGUGGACAAGGUGGAGUUCAUUGUCAUGGGGGGCACAUUCAUGGCGCUUUCAGAAGAAUAUCGAGAUUACUUUAUCCGAAACCUGCACGACGCCCUCUCCGGGCACACCUCCAACAGCGUGGCUGAGGCAGUGCGGUAUUCUGAAAGAAGUAACACAAAGUGUGUGGGGAUCACAAUUGAGACCCGGCCAGAUUACUGCCUGAAGCGGCACCUGAGUGACAUGUUGUGUUAUGGCUGCACCAGGCUAGAGAUAGGAGUGCAGAGUGUGUAUGAGGAUGUGGCCAGAGAUACUAAUCGAGGUCACACGGUGAAGGCGGUGUGUGAGUCUUUUCACAUGGCUAAGGAUGCCGGGUUCAAAGUGGUUUCUCACAUGAUGCCAGAUUUGCCAAACGUGGGACUUGAGCGCGAUAUCGAGCAAUUCAUAGAAUACUUUGAGAACCCUGCGUUCAGACCUGAUGGGAUGAAGCUCUACCCGACCCUAGUGAUUCGUGGUACUGGGUUAUACGAACUCUGGAAAACUGGAAGAUACAGAAGUUACUCUCCAAGCACAUUGGUAGAUCUGGUGGCCAGGAUUUUGGCUCUCGUUCCACCAUGGACCCGGGUUUACAGAGUACAGAGAGAUAUUCCGAUGCCGUUGGUGAGCUCGGGGGUGGAGCACGGAAACCUGCGAGAGUUGGCGUUGGCCCGGAUGAAAGAUUUGGGCACAGAGUGUCGUGACGUCAGGACAAGAGAAGUGGGAAUCCAAGAAAUUCAUCAUAAAGUCCGACCCUAUCAGGUGGAACUAAUCCGUAGGGACUACGUAGCUAAUGGGGGCUGGGAGACAUUCCUGUCAUACGAAGAUCCGGAACAAGAUAUUCUCAUUGGGUUGUUGCGCCUGAGAAAAUGUUCCCCGGAAACUUUCAGGCCUGAGUUAAAGGGAGGAGUGUCCAUAGUGAGGGAACUGCAUGUGUACGGCAGCGUGGUCCCAGUCAGCAAUCGGGACCCUUCCAAGUUUCAGCAUCAGGGUUUUGGGAUGUUGCUGAUGGAGGAGGCAGAACGUAUAGCAAGAGACGAGCAUGGAUCCUCCAAAAUAGCGGUCAUUUCAGGGGUCGGCACUAGAAACUACUACAGAAAGAUCGGAUAUGAACUGGAGGGGCCGUACAUGGUGAAGAGACUUGACUGGACUUAGGGCUGAGAGUCUGUGAGACUGAAGAACCAUUCGUGUGUAUUUACUGACAUCAACACAGCCGUAAAGGAAAUAAGACGGAACGGGUUUAUCACGUAAGAUGUUCCAUCACAUUGUGCCGGAACAUCCGGAGACCUUUUCGUGUAGUUCUUUUUGGUUACCGGUACAUGAACUAUAUUGCUCCAACCUGUUUGGACCCUUCAGUCCUCUGCAUUUUUUUAAUGCUGUUUCUGCUGCUAUAAGGUAGCUAUCCAUUAUCUUAUUUAUAUGCCAAUAAACGCGCAGCGCUAUCCUAU